AUGUCAAAAUCUAAACAAACACCAUCUUCCCAGCAACAGCAAACUGCUUUUCAAAAUACUACUCCAAAUAAUAAUAGUAAUAAUAAUAAUAAUAAUAAUAAUAAUAGUAAUAAUAAUAAUAAUAUCUCAUAUACCGUUUGGUCUCCCCAAGACACUGUUCGAGAUGUUGCUGAGUCUUUGGGCCUAAUGACAAUUUCAGAUGACGUUUUACGAUCUUUAGCUAUGGAUGUUGAAUACCGUAUCUUGGAAAUUAUAGAGCAGGCAGUUAAGUUCAAAAGACAUUCAAAAAGGGAUAUUUUAACUUCUGAUGACAUAUCCAAAGCCUUAAAAGUGUUAAAUGUGGAACCCUUGUAUGGAUAUCCUUCCGGUACCAAUACUUCUAAAGACUUUAAAAAGCUGGUUGUAGGGAAUGGGCAGCAACAACAAACUAUAUAUUAUUUAAAUGAUGAAGAAGUUAGCUUUGACGAAUUAAUAAAUCAGCCCUUACCUCAAGUGCCACGUUUGCCUUCAUUUACCGCUCAUUGGUUGAGUGUGGAAGGCGUUCAACCAUCCAUACCUCAAAAUCCGAAUUUGGUUGAAAUUAGAAAUAAUAUUCCCCCAUUUUUAAGAGGUGCUAUGGUGACAUCUUUAAAUGACACAUCAUUACUUUCAGAUGUUUCGAUGUUGUCAGAAAAUAAGCAACAACAACAACAACAACAACAAUUAAAUGGUCUGAAUGGUGAUGUGUUGACACAAACCUCCACAACUGCAACAGCAACUAAUCACGCUGUUAACAACUUUACCAAAUCUACCCCCUCUGGUACUACCUCGGUUAGACCGGGCUCAAAUAAUGUUGAAAUAAAACCGUUAGUUGAACACGUUUUAUCUAAGGAAUUACAAAUAUAUUUUGAUAAAGUUUGUCAGGCUUUAUUGGCCUCCCUGAAAUUAAGUGACAACGAUGUUGAUGAAACUGCUAAUGAUGCAGUCAAUAAAUAUGAUGUUCUGAGGUUGAAAACUGCAGCUUUGCAAUCGUUAAGUGAGGAUGCAGGGCUACAUCAAUUGGUUCCAUAUUUUAUAUCAUUUAUAUCAGAACAAGUUACCCAUAACUUGGAUAAUUUAAAUUUGUUGACUACUAUGUUGGAAAUGAUAUAUUCAUUGUUGUCAAAUAAAUCCAUCUUUCUAGAUCCCUAUAUCCACACUUUCAUGCCAUCCAUCCUAACGCUUUUAUUAGCGAAAAAUUUGGGCACUGCUAAAAACACUUUGGAUCAAGUUAUAACAUUGAGGGAUUUUGCUAGUAACUUAUUAGACCAUGUUUUGAAAUCAUUUCCUAAAUUAAAUAAAAUUUUGAAACCACGUGUUAUGAGAACCUUAUUGAAAACGUUUUUGGACACAAAUAGAACCUUUGGCACCUACUAUGGAUGUUUCAAGGGAGUUAUUGUUUUGGGUCCAGAAACUGUCAGGUUUUUUUUGGGUAAUCUAUAUAAUUGGGCCCAGUUAAUAUUGGUAAACGAAACUAGAUUUUCCAAAGAAGAGAGAGAGUAUUUGCUUGACGUGGGUAUAUCUUUUCUAAAAGUAUUGGAACAAGAUUUACCGGAAUCACAAUCGUCAUUAUCUACAUCUGCUUAUUCUAAGCCGCUUUCUGAUGAAGAAUGGGCCAAAUUACGAGACAGAAUAGGUGAUAUUUUAUCAGAAACGAUUAAAAAAAAAACCAGUGUUGAGGAAAGUAGAAAACUAUAUACUGCCAUUUUCUUUGGUGAAUUUGAGUGA